AUGGGUAACUACCCACAUGCACUUUUGUUCCAUGAAAAAAGUCUUGAAAUUCAACAAAAAUCACUUCCUUCCACGCAUCCUGAUAUAGCUGGAACAUACGCCAACAUUGGUUCUGUGUAUAUAAGUAUGAAGGACUACGUCAACGCACUUUCAUCUUAUGAAAAAGCCCUUCAAAUUCGACAACAAUCAAUUCCUCUAAACCAUUCUGAUUUGUUUGCAUAUUACCACAUCAUAGGCUAUUUAUAUGAAGAAAUGGAAAAAUACUCAAAAGCUUAUUCAUCUUAUGAAUGUGCCAUGCAAAAUCUACAAGAGUCUUUACCUACAAAUGGCCCUAGUAUAGAAGACUAUACAAGAAAUAUUGAACGGGUAAAAGAGAAACUCUAA